AUGUCAGCACCAAGAAUCUUGACCUCUCUUCGACCUCAACUGCGCUUAGCUCGUACUGCCUUACCUUUCCCUUCUGCUCGCUCUUCAUUCUCCACUUCCAUCCGACGACUAGACAACAAAGAUGAUAGUGGUCGACCUCAGGCUGCUCAUCCGUCGAAACACGCUUCAAGACCUGUAUCAUCAGGAGAACCAGUAGCCGAGCACGUGAAGGAAGAUGAAAGUAAGAGAGCUGGUUUACCUGAAGAACCAAUGGAUGGUCCACCUCCACCUCCACUCGCUGCUUUACCAGCCCAAGAGUUGUUCCACCUCAAGAACCGAACCAUCCUCAUCACAGGCGGGGGACGUGGUCUAGGUCUCACAAUAGCUCAUGCAUGUCUCGAGAGCGGAGCCAGCGUCAGAUGUAUGGAUCUCUUACCUGAACCGUCCCAACCUCAAUGGAGAAAAGCAGAGGAAUUAGCCAAAUCUAAAGGAUUGGAAAUAACCUAUCAUCCAUUAGACGUUACGGAUCAAAAUGCCGUAUCCAACCUCUUCUCCGACUUAUUCAAGAUGGAUUCGAAAGAACAUCCAAUUAGAGGACUGUUCACUUCAGCAGGUAUACAAAUCAUGAUGCCUGCCGUUGACUAUUCCACCGAUAAAUUCCGUAAAGUCAUCGACGUAGAUCUCACAGGAACCUUUUUAUGUGCCCAGGCAUUUGCCAAAGAAUGGUUCAGAAGACAUCCAACGAUGGAUGGUCAGGCGGGAAUGAAUGGUGCUAGUAUAGCGAUGACGGGAAGUAUGAGUGGACACAUUGCGAAUUUGGGUAUUGAAUGUGCUGCUUACAACGCUAGUAAAGCGGGAGUUAAUCAGCUGGCAAAGAAUCUGGCUUUGGAAUGGAGUAGAAAGGGAAUCAGGGUUAACACACUUUCACCUGGUUACAUUCGAACAGCUCUCACUGCCGCUCAAUUAGACGAAAAACCAGAACUGAACAAAAUAUGGUUACAAGGUUCUUUGUUAGGUAGACUAUCGACUCCAGAUGAAUUCAGAGGCCCAGUACUAUACCUCUUAUCGGACGCAAGCUCUUUCAUGACUGGAGCGGACCUUUUGGUUGACGGUGGACAUUGUGCAACUUAG